AUGUGGAAACGGCUGAAUGCUGGCAGGAAUGGGGCGUCGACUAAUAGGUCGUCGCCAGCCACGGCUGGGCCUUCGUCUGAACAAGCUUCGAUAGCGAGCCAGGCCAGUUCGUUUGACCGCCUGCUACACCGUCCGGCCCCCGCCCCCCGCCCCCGAGGCUUCGCCUUCCUUUUCUAUGCCAUCAACGGCAACCUCUACUAUGCGAAGCCCCGAAUCAGCUUGGAUGUCCUCUUCAUCCAUGGCCUGGGCGGGACGAGCUUACGAACUUGGUGCCAUAAUCGGGACUUGGAGAAUCUUUGGCCCCAACUCUGGCUUCCCCAGGAGCUCCCCUCGGCUCGAAUCCUGACUUUUGGCUACAAUGCCGAUUUCUCGUCCAGGAAGAAGCGGACGCCGCUGACGAUUGGAGAUUUCGCAAACGACCUCUUGUUUCGGAUGAAACACGGAGAGAAUGGAACCAACCGGCUAGGCCAGGUGCCUAUCAUCGUUGUCGCCCAUUCGAUGGGUGGCCUGGUCUUCAAGAAGGCGUUCAUACAGGGCCAUUUGAACGACGAGUAUCGGGACGUGAUUCGUAUGAUCAAGGCCGUCUUGUUUCUUGCGACUCCCCACCGAGGCACAGAUUUGGCCGACACUCUCAAUAAGGUCCUCGCCGGCUCGGUCUUCGGACACUCGCCAAAAGGUUAUGUCUCGGACCUUGCUAAGGGAAGCCCGACAAUUGACGAGUUGAAUGAAGCGUUCCGACACGUCGCGUCAAAACUUCAGAUAUUCUCGUUUUACGAGAGGCUGAAAACCUCAGUGGGGCCCAUUUCAGUCAUGAUUGUGGAUAAGAACUCUUCCGUUAUGGGCUAUCCCGGCGAGACCCAACAGCCACUCUCCGCCGACCACCACAACGUCUGCAAGUUCACGGGGGUGGGCGACCCGAAUUAUGCAUCCGUUAUAGGGGCUCUCCGCAGUGCCGUCACCGCACUUGGUUCCCCCAAGGAAACCGACAGUGCCUCCAAGGAGGAUGCCGACAGUGCCUUCAAGGAAGACCUCAAACUCAUCAAGAACUUUCUCGGCGUUUCUGGGCCUCCAGGGGAGGACAUCGCCGCCAGUCGCGCCGUGAGAAAGCCAGGAACCUGCGAGAGCUUCCUGGCAUGUCCGGAAAUGAAAAGCUGGCUCGGUUCGGAAUCGAGUCGUGUACUCUGGGCUCAUGCUGGCCCGGGAAGUGGGAAAUCGACACUAUGCUCCUUCGUCAUCGACCAUCUUCUGGAUGGAGGCCACCAUUGCGCCUAUUUCUUCUUCAACCACGGGAGUCGCGAGCAACGAUCUGUCGCCAACAUGCUUCGAUCUCUGGCAUAUCAGACGGCGAUUCGAAUCCCCGCCUUUCGACACGCGCUGGCAGAUCUGGCGAGAUCUGGGUUACAAAUACACAACGCAGAGGCCCUCCCCGUAUGGCAAAAGCUGUAUUCGGCAGUAUUACCCGCGGUCAAGAGCGAGGGUGAUGUUUUCUGGGUGGUUGACGGCGUUGAUGAAUCCGAGUCGAGUAGACAGGUCGUGGAGUUCCUCUCUAACGUCACUGACCUCGCAAGCUACAUUCGGAUACUGGUAUUCAGUCGGCCUUUGCCUACCAUUAACCAGGCCUUCCAGGUCGCGAAAAAGAGGAUUCCUGUGGUCGACAUUCCCUUGCCGAACAAUGCAGAUGACAUUCGCCUCGUUGUGGCUGGAGAGAUUGACUAUCUUCCCUCUACCGACGAUUUCAAGACGGAAACGGUCGACAAGAUCGCAUCCCGCUCGCAAGGGAAUUUUCUCUGGACCAGCCUAGUGCUCCAACGUGUCGCUAGAUGUCGCCGCCAGGAGCAGGUGAAGCAGGUCCUUGACUCCACGCCGGAUGGGAUGGACAAGCUUUACGAUCGCAUGCUGGACGCUAUCAUGCAGCUUGAUAUGGAGGAUGACAAGUCCCUCUCCAGGGUCCUCCUCUCUUGGGCCAUGUACGCGAAGGCACCACUGACGGUGGAAGAGCUCUCCGAGGCCUACUCUGCCGAGUUGAGCUUGAUCAUACAUCUGAACCACACUGUCAGCGAGGUCUGUGGACAGUUUGUCACCAUCAGCCCGGACAACAGGGCCAACGAAGAACUUUUCGGUAAAUGUCUCGAAGCCCUCUGCGAUACGGAUCUGCGAAUGAAGAUCAGUUCGUCCAAGAUGCCCCUGUUUCUCCCCUACGCUGCAAAAUCAUGGGCCUUUCACCUCGAAACCGGCUCACUCGACUCAGAGAGCGUAUUCGAUGCACUUGUCAAGUUCUUUAGCGGCAAAUUCCCGCUUUCCUGGAUUCAGUGCCUCGCCACGGGCGGCGGGCUCACCGAGCUUCUCGGGGCUUCCCGGGCGCUCACGGCCUUUGUGAGAAGGCGGAGAAAAUCAGACACCGAGAGGUCCCCAAAUCUUCACCGAUCGUCGGACCUCUCCCUGAUUGAGUCCUGGGCAGUCGAUCUGAUGAGGAUACCUGCAAAGUUCGGUAGAUAUCUGUCAGAGGACCCGGUUCAGAUCUACAAGUGCAUACCUCCUCUCUGUCCCACCUCUUCCGCCAUUUACCGGAAUUUUAAUGACAGUCUUGCUGCCACCUUGUCUGUUUCUGGUCUGUCGAAUGCUGAUUGGGAUGACUGCUUGGCUCGGGUGUUGGUGAGACUUGGAACAACAUAUAGGCUGGCGGUGUCAUCCUUGCAUCUUGCUAUCGCGACCUUCGAGCUGGAAGGCUGCAGCAUCACAUUGUUUGACACCAACCUGUUUGAAGAGUACACGACCUUCAAUGUGGCGGACUAUAUCUGUGAUAUCGCGCUCAACGAGUCCGGCUCAAUGUUAUCGUGUUAUUGUCUCUCCCAGACAUUCGUGUGGAAGGUCCAGGAUGGAUCUCUGGAAUCAGCGACAAAUAACCCCUACGUAGGGUACGCCGCCGACUUCAGAUUUGAUAACGACACGCUGAUGAUGGUGUCUCACGAUCGGCGGGUCUAUAAGCUGUUGUGUGACAGAGAGGAUGAAGAGCCAUCCUGGGCACAGCUAGACUUGGCAUUGCUGGAAGAAAUGCCCCCAUCUGAUAAGACUUUCAGCCAGGAUCGCUCAUUAGCAUUUAACCACAACUGCACCCAGAUAGUGUUCGCUACCGGGCCAUCCUCCCUCUCUGUAUGGAACUUGGAUCCGCCCGAGAUGGUGGCCCUGCUCAAGAAGAACCGGGUCCAGGCCCAACGUUAUGUCCGCCCCGCCUGGCACCCUUCUGGCACGCUGAUCUUUGGCAUCUCCAACGACGUCGUGUUCAAGUGGAAUCUUGUGGAUGACAACUACGAUGAAUUGAAGGCCGAGGCUGCCAUAUUAUACAUCGAAUGCAGUCCAAACGGCAUUUUCUUCCUCACUUACAACAUGCGGGACUGGAUUAUGAUCUACGAUGUUUCUUCCAUGUUGCUAGUGUACAAACUGGAGCUCCCGGAAGUCAGCGCCCAUAUUCGUUUCAGCCCUGAGAGUGACCGGUUUUAUACUCUUGUCGGUUCGCACUGCAGCAUCCGGGAGCCAAGCUGUCUCACCCGACUCGUCGAUGCGGCGGCUCCUGGACGGAGCAGUACUGCAGACACCGCACCGAACAUCUCCUGGCCAGGGGUGGAUGAUACUCACAGCAUGCCCAUAUCGCUUCCCCCGUCUGAGAGUCAUGCGGACAGAAAGCCCGGGAUAGUGUCCGUCGCUAUAAGUUGCAGACACUCCGACCUCGUUGCAUACGUCAGCGGGGAUCAAAACAUGAAUAUUUACGACCCGAUAGACAACAGAACUUAUACGAUUGGCCAGGUUUCAUUUCCAGGGGACCUUGGGUGCCUGGUUUGGAACAGAAAGCAUGACCAGUUGGCUUACUCUACCUGGGACAGCGCCACCGUCAAGGCAGUCGCUGUCAGGGACACGCCGCCACGACAGGUGUCUGCCACAGAUCUCUAUGCCGAGAAUAUAUCCGAACAUUGUGGCAUGAUACGACAACUUGUCUUCGAUGAGACGGAUAAGUUACUCUUAUUUUACGGAGCGAGGAAAUCCCGGGUCCUAUCCUUCCCCGGCGGGGAGAUCGUGGGCGACCGCGACACUCCCAAUCAAGAGACGGCUGUCUGGGUACCACACCCCUUGAAGCCAGAGCUGUUGCUCCUUUUCACUGCUGAAGCCGUGGCCAUCUUUACGUGGCGACUAGAAAGGCAAGGCUCGACACCACUGCACAUGAACCUGGACGACGCCUCUGGCCCCGUGUUCAACCUUAGGCACUUGCCUAGCUACUGCCCGAGAUUUCUUCUCCUCGCAUUCUUUGCUAUCUCACCUGGGUUCAUAGUCCUGCCGACAAACGCCAUCUCCUCCGAAAACGAAGGUGGCGAAUCCCCGACCCCGAUCAAGCCGGUCGUGGUCCCCCGAACCGCCCAACACGCGGCGGGCAUACUACCCGACGGACGUCUCGUGUUCCUGGACCAGGAUCUGUGGGUGUGCACGGUGCAGUUACACGAUGGGGGUGGGGCCAUUGAACGCCACUUCUUCCUACCGCAUGACUGGGUUGAAGACAAGGAAAUUCGCCUGUGCCAGGUGCUUGGGGACGGGACGUUCAUUUGCCCUAGUAAGGGGGAGGUUGCUGUUAUUAAGAGCAACCUGAUGUCGACCUGGUGA